UCUUGUAUAACUCCAUUGUUCCUUGUUAAGGCAAAACACAGCUUGCUUUUGAUUUUGCUCCGCUGUUUACAAUCGCCUUCCUUCAUUUCCUUUGAUCAAAGAAGCUAGGAAACAUGACUGAGAUUGCAAGCAUAAUACUCUCUCCCUUAAUCAAAGUGUUUUUCGAAAGAUUGGCAUCUGGGGAGUUCAUUGACUUCUUUCGGCGACAAAAACUCUCCGUUGGACUCCUAAAAAAGUUGAAGACAACAUUCCUUACCCUCAAUGCAGUGUUUGAAGAUGCGGAAGAGUUGCAAGUUACGAAGCCUGCUGUGAAAGAGUGGCUUGAGGAGCUGAAAGAUGCAAUCUAUGAUGCAGAGCACGUCUUGGAUGAGAUUGCUACUGAAGCCUUGAUAAGCGAGUUGGAUGCUGAAUUUCAAACCACUGCAAGCAAGGUACGAAAGUUAUCCAUCUCUGCUUUUCGUAAUUCUUUUGUCCAACAAAUAGAGCCAAAGAUAAAAGAGAUACUUGACAGACUAGAAUCUCUAGCACAACAAAAGGAUCUUAUAGGUCUGAAAGAAGGUGUUGGAGGUAAAUCAUCUGAAAGAUUGCCCACAACGUCUUUAGUUGAAGAAUCUGGAAUUUGUGGUAGGAAUGAUGAAAAGGAAGCAAUCAUUAAAAUGUUGCUCUCAAAUGAUGUAAGGAGCGAUGAGAUGUGUGUAAUUGCCAUAGUCGGCAUGGGGGGAAUUGGCAAGACCACCCUUGCUCAGUCUAUAUUCAAUAACAACAAGGUGAAUGACCACUUUAACAUUGAUGCAUGGGUUUGUGUUUCAGAAGAAUUUGACGUGUUCAAGGUAACGAAAAUAAUUUUGGAGACAGUAACUUCGUCACCCUGUUAUGUCACUGAUCUAAAUCAGCUUCAACUUAGACUAAAGGAGUGUUUAAUGGGGAAGAAAUUUCUACUUGUAUUAGAUGAUGUUUGGAAUGAGAAUUAUGUUCACUGGGAGGAGCUAAGCAAACCUUUUAAAUUUGGAGAGCAAGGAAGUCGGAUCAUCGUAACAACACGCAAUCAUAAUGUUGCAUUAGUUAUGCGUGCUAGUUCAAUUCAUCCUCUAAAGGAGUUAUCUGAAGAAGAUUGUUGGUCACUAUUUGCAAAACAUGCAUUCCAUGAUGGCAACUCUAAUGCACAUGGAGAGUUGGAAGUAAUAGGUAGGAAAAUCAUCGAAAAGUGUGGAGGCCUUCCAUUAGCAGUCAAGACAAUUGGUGCUCUAUUAAGAUCUAAACCAGAUGUUGAUGAAUGGGAUAAGAUAUUGAAGAGUAAAUUAUGGGAUUUGUCAAUUGAUGAGAUAGGCAUUCUUCCUGCUCUAAGAUUAAGCUACAAAUAUCUACCAUCAUAUCUAAAGCGAUGCUUUGCUUACAGCUCAAUCUUUCCAAAGGAUUAUGCUUUCAAAAAAGAUCAAUUAAUCAUGUUAUGGACGGCAGAAGGUUUCCUCCAGCAAUCUGAAAACAAAACAAUGGAAGAAGUUGGUAAUGAGUAUUUUGUCACUCUAGAAUCAAGAUCAUUAUUCCAAAAAUCAAGUGACGACAAGUUAUGUUUUGUAAUGCAUGAUCUUGUGAGCGAUUUAGCAAAAUCUAUUUCUGGAAAUUUUAUUAUAAGGUUUGAGGGUGAUUGUUCUCACGACAUUGUAAACAAUACUCGCCAUAUGUCCUAUUUUUCCAAACAAGAGUUUCAUAGCUUGAAGAAUUUUGAGACCCUUCAGAAGGCUAAGAGGUUGCGCACUUUCCUACAUUUAGAUAUGAUUAGUUUCAAUUGGCCCUACUACUACUUGACUAAAAAAGUUGUACAUGAUUUGUUGCCGAUAUUAAGAUGCUUACGGGUGCUUUCUCUAUCGAACUAUCAAAACAUUACUGAAUUGCCAGAUUCAAUUGGUAAAUUUAAAUAUCUACGUUACUUGGACCUUUCUUUUACGGGUGUUAAAAAAUUGCCUGAUUCCAUAUGUAAGUUGUACAAUUUGCAAACAUUGAUUUUGACAAGGUGUGUAAAGCUCGUUGCAUUGCCAAGAGAUAUGUGGAAACUUAUUAGUUUACGUCAUCUUGAUAUUACCGAAACUGGCAUAAAAGAGAUGCCAAUACAACUCGGUAGAUUAAAAUGCCUCCAGACGUUGACUAAAUUUAUCGUCGGCAAAGGUACUGGGUUGUGCAUUGGAGAGUUAGGAAAACUUACAAAUAUCCGAGGAUCGCUUUCAAUAUUUGAGCUCCAAAAUGUUGAAUCUCCUACUGAUGUUCUGAAUGCAUCAAGCUUAAGGGUUAAAAAGUAUCUCGAAAAGUUGGUAUUGAGAUGGAAAUAUGAAAAUAAUUUUUCAGAAAGUCAAAGAAGUGUACUCGAUAGUCUUCAACCUCAUACAAACUUGAAAAGUCUCACUAUCCAAUACUACGGUGGUAAAAGCUUUUCAGGUUGGGUAGGGCAUCCUUCAUUCUUUAAUGUAUCAUUUAUUUAUCUAAACUGUAAAUAUUGCAGCAGCUUGCCACCGCUUGGGCAACUACCCUCUCUGCAAAACCUCUCUAUUGUUGGGUUUGACGAAGUUGUUAGAGUGGGUCAUGAGUUUUGUGGCAGCGGUUCUUCUUCAGUUAAGCCAUUUGCUGCCCUUAAAGUUCUUAGUUUGGAGAUCAUGCCAAAGUGGGAGGAAUGGGUUUCUUUUGGUGACAAAAAUGGAGGUGGAGCUUUUCCUCAACUUGAGAAGCUUAAUAUUAGGGAAUGUCCUAAGCUAACAGGAGAGUUGCCGAUACAUCUAUAUUCUUUAUCCAAACUUAAUAUUAUUAAAUGUCCGCAGCUGGUGUCUCCACUCCCAUUGACUCCUACUAUUCGUGAAUUGGAGCUCAGCAAUUGUAAUGAGAUGCUGUUAAAUGAAUUGCCAACUGGAAUGGAGAAGCUCGUAAUUAAAGGAUUUAAUGCCCUGGAGUCCUUACCGAAAGGAAUGAUAGACUCCGACUGCGGUCUUCGCUCUGCAUUAAAAACCCUUUGUAUUUUCGAAUGUAAGAAGCUAGAGCUCUCAACACACCUGGACUAUUCAUCCCUUGAAAAAUUGUGCUUGUGGAAUUGUGGUUCUCUCAAGUCCUUUCCAUUAGAUUUAUUCCCAAAGCUUUAUCACAUCGAAAUCUAUAGGUGUACUAAUCUAGAAUCUCUUACAGUUCCAAAACAUUAUGAACAUGAUUUAGUCACCUUGCAUAUUGAUAUCUCUUCUUGCCCUAAUUUUGAAUCUUUUCCAAGAGGAGGAUUGUGUGCCCCCGACCUUACAUCGUUAUCGAUCAAUUAUUGUAAGAAUCUGAAAUCUCUUCCUGAAAAAAUGCACAUACUCCUUCUAUCUCUUCAGCAUUUGCGUAUAAAAUACUGUCUAGAAGUUGAGUCAUUUCCUGAAGGGGGCUUGCCUUCCAAUCUGAAUUCAAUUGACAUCAUGGGUUGUGAUAAACUCAUUGCAAGUUGGAUGGGAUGGGGUUUGCAGAACCUGCCCAUUCUUAAACAUUUGUCAAUCGGUGGCAAAAAUGAAGAUUUGGAGUCUUUCCCAGAGGCACAAUUGCUGCCCACCAGUCUGACCUCUCUUUCAGUCGAGGACUUUCCAAAUUUGAAAUGUUUGGACAAGAAGGGACUUCAACACCUCAUUGCUCUUGAAGAAUUGCAUAUCUGGAGCUGCCCUAAGCUCAAGUUCAUGCCAGAACAGGGGUUACCUGCCUCCCUUUCAAUUCUACGAAUCCGCAACUGUCCUUUGUUGAAGAAAGAGAGGCAAAGUAAAAAAGGAAAAAAAUGGCGCAAGAUUGCUCACGUCGAACAAAUAUGGAUUGAUGAUGAAUUGAUUGAAUAAGCUACAAGUCAAGGAAGAUUUCUCCAAUUUCAAACUUCGCCGUCUAUCGUUGCUUUUAGAUUCAUUUGUUUUGGUGUUGGGCUGAAAUGGUGGAUUCUGAGAGUCCAAACGGUUCUUCGCUACAGACGGUGGCGAAGUAUGGCGUCACAAAGCCAAUCUCUCUUGCCGGACCCACCGAGGCCGCAAUAUGGAAUUGGAAAAGGAUGUUUGAGCUGUUUAAUGGGUUACAAGACAUCUUCCUAAAGCUGGCAUUGGGAAUUCGAUACCACUAUUAAAUCAUGUGUUGAGUUAAAGGAGUCUCAAGCUAGCCUUGCUCAAACAGAUGUUUCUAGAUUGCUAGUGAUGGCUAUGCAUUAUUAGAGUUAAACGAGUCUAAGAUCACUUCCUGACAAGAUGCACAUACUCCUUUCAUCUCUUAUUGAAGUAGAUGUAAUUAUUUGUCCAGAAGUUGAGUGGUUUCCUGAAGGAGUUUGCUUUCCAAUUUGAAAUCAAUUAACAUCUACGCUUGUGACAAAGGCUUUGCGGGUUGAAUGGGAGGGGCAAUUCUUGGACAUUUGACAAUCAAUGGCAAUUCAAAAGAUGCGGAGUCCCUCCUAGAGGCAUGAUUGUUGCUUUCCAAAUUUGAAGUGGUUGGUAAAGAAGGGGCUUCAACACCUAAGUGUUUUUCAAGCAUUGCUCAUCUAAUGAUUGAGAACUCUAUAGAAGGGCCAGUUUUCAUUGUCAAUCGCAAGAGUCAUAUGCUUGGAAUCAAAUCUUGUACAGCUGAUGUGGGCAAUUGAUCCUCUUUUGCAAUGGAGGGAAGGAGUUGGGCUUUGUGCUAACAAGGAUAAUUGGUCGUGGUCAUUGCCAUCACCGUCCAAUCUUUUGCGGGUCAAGGUUACCACAAAAAAUGAUUGAGAACUCCAUAUGAAAUUGGGGAUGCUUUGAAUCAACAAGGUACUAAAAGUUCAAUGGCAACCUAUGGAGCUUGUGAAAGUCUUGUGCCAAAUCGACAUCAUGGGCAUUUUGGUUUCUUUUUCUUUUGUUUGAUGUGUACCUGAUCUCCUGAAAGCCUCACAUGGGAAAAGGUAAUCAAUGGCAGCAGAGGAUUUUCUUGUGGCCAUUGUAUGAUCCUGUUAAGGUGGAUGACUUCAUUUAUGGCAACAAAAUGGCAGGCUGUCUAAUAUCCAACCAGCACUAAACCAAUUGCAAGCUAGUACUGGUUCUCAUACCUUCAAUUAUCAAAUUGUUGAGAUGAGAAACUGAAGCUGGAUUUAGAUGGUGACAUCAUCUGUUGACUAUGUGGUACUGGUAUGUUAUCAACGGGGCAGUUGAGUCUCUCUCACUAUGCCAUAACUGUGCAGUUGAGUCUCUCUCAUGUCACCGCCAAAAAUUGUUGAGAACUCCAUAGAGAAUUGGGGAUGCUCCGAAUCAACAAGGAUUCACUUGCAUUGAAAACCAUGUGCUGCCAGCGGCUGAUGAAGUUGAAUCAAUAUGGACAAAAUUUGGUUUUAUUAGAGCAAGAUGAUCUGAAUCAGUACAAGAAACAUUACCAUAUACUCUCAUCUUUUGAGGAACAACAGUGCUACAACCUACAAGUCAGUCCUUGCACAUUGAAUUAUUGGUGCUUAGCUGUUCGGAGUACCACAAAAAAUUUGCGCAAAUAGACAAGUGAUGCAAGCCAACCUAGAAAUGGCCUUAUGGAGGAUCUUGAGUGGAGGAGGGCUUCAAGAGUGGGAAUGCAAUUCUUCAAGAGACAAAUCUGUUGGGGCAUGGAGCCUGGGUUCGGAUAGGCUACAAACCCUGUCCAGACAAGAGCUCUAGGGACCAACCUAGAGCCCGGCUCAUCCGGACAGGAGCUCCAAAGAGCGACUUUUGUUGAGGCAUGUCUGGACAGCAUGUUGGUGUGACUGGACACACGGGGCAUUGUGCUACUAAACCAUAGUAGCGUCCGGACACUGUCACGUAAAAACUCUAGUUUUCUAUUUAAAGAUUCGUUAUGAGUCUCUAAUGUUAUGGGAAAAAUUGUCGGAACAGUGAGACGUCUUUUCUAAGUUUUGUAUAAAGGAGUUAGAGAGUUGAAUAGUUUAAUCAAUGUUUAUGAAUUGUAAAAGUCUCUUGUAUUAUUUUCUCCAUUAUAGUGAAAUCUGCCGCAACUCUGUAGACGUAGCCCUUAGAGGUGAACCACGUAAA